GGACUUUCCUCCCAGACUCCUCAUCAAAAACUGGAGAUUAUUGUGAAGAUGGAUGGCAAAAACCUGGAAGAACCCAGAGAAGAAAAAACAAGGGAGAAUUUGAACAGGAAUGCAGAAGUGGUAGUACUGAUAUCUGAUGAUGUGGUGGAUAUGAUAGUGGAGCAGAAAACAGAGAAAAUGGAGACAACAGUAAAAGAAGAGUGUCCACAGGCACAGGAGCUAAAGACGACAGAAGACGCAAUGGACAACAAAAUUCAAGCAAGUAGUUUUUGCGGCAGGGAUACUUUGUUGUGUUUUAUCAGAAGACAUUUUUGGGACAACGUGGACACAAACUCAACUUUGAGUACAAGUACAGACUCCUGUAUUAUUCGCCCUUCAUUUUCUGCCAUCUUGGGUCCAACCCACCCAAAAGACAUCAUCCGGUCCUGCUCUCACACACCAUACUGCCUCUACCUGUACAUGGGGGUAGAGUUGGGCGGAGGACAGAGCACAAGUGUUGUCCUAAUUGGUUACUUUGACCAGAGCUCAGGAGACAGUGUGGUGAGACUGCUGCAUACUCUGCAGAUGAGUGUUGACACUGUUCAUCCACAAACCUCAGUGGACAUGAAAAAUGAACCUUUCACAGUCACACACGCAGCAGAUUCUGACGCACAUCUUCUGAUUGACAUGCUGAAGAAAUUUGGCUUUCCUCUUUUUAAUCUUGCGGUGUUUUACUGUAAUGCUCCACACCCAGGAGUGAGCCAGGUGUUUGUAUCACAGCUCCAGGGUUUUAGCCCCAAGUUAGUAUCUCUGUGCGGCCUCCCUGGGAUGGCAGGAAGAGCCUGCCAGACAGGACUCUUGGCCUCCUUUAGUUAUGUAGUUGACCUAGUUAGAGACAUCCACCAUCAUUACUCCACAUGCUCCUCUGCUAAUCACAGUCUGAAAGAGCUAUUUGCUGAUGCAGAGUCUUAUAACCCAUUCCGUCCUAUCUCUGCAGAGUGUUUGUUUAUUAUCCGUACGAUACAAAAGAUGGUCAGCAGCUGGAGGGAUUUAGUGGAGUAUUUUAAUUCACUUAGACAAGUAGAGGAAGCUGACCAUAUCAGAACCCAGCUGAUGGAUCAUAAAGUUAAGCUACACUUCCUCUUCCUCUCCCAUACUUUGGAACCCCUCCGAGCCCUUCAAGAACUGCAGCAGUAUGGCACAGCAGAUGUGGUUGUGGAGCUCCAGCUGACCUCCAUGUUAAUUCACUCCUAUGCAGCCAGCAUCCUCCGGCCCUCUGUUGCUGAACGCUUUCUCAGGAGGCGAGACCUGCAUCUCCUUAACAAUGAUAAGGAUUUGCUUCCCAUGGCAGAAGUGAAUGUGGGUUCUCGUGCUAGAGACUUUCUGUGGGCCUGCACUGCUGAGGAUCUUGGGGAACAGGAGAGGAGCGACUUCCUGAAGGGUGCAUUGGCUUUCUACAAAGAAUCACUACAGAGUUUAGUGCAGAGUAUUCCUGAGCAGUUUGGAGAUGUGGCACUGAAGAAUAUCGGAAUAGUGCUGAAGCAUCCUGAAAAUAUCAAUGAUAAUAUACUGUCCAAGCAUGUGCUGUCAGAGUUGGGGGUUCACCUGGGGCUGUGUGAUGUUGAAUCUCCAGAAACACAUCAGCUGGUGCACGACUACCUCAAUUUCAUUCAGACAGUGAAGGAGGAACAGACAAGCAGAACAGCAGAAGGUCACUGCUGGGCAAAUAUGUUGCAUGGCACAAGACCAUACUCUACUCUGCGUAGACUUCUUUUGAUCCUCCUGGCCCUCCCAAGCUCUCUGUGCAGGACUCGGGUCUUUGCUAAGGUGCUCAACAGCAUCCAGGCUCCUUCUGACGGCAAGGACACCCCUAAAAUUCGACCACAACCAGGCAGGUCGGCAGGAAGACCCCACAUCCUCAGAAGAAAACUACCUAUCCAGAGAGGUUAUGGUGGCAAAAAGGAAGAACAAACUGAUGCUGACAGUUCAUCAGAGGAUAGUGACUGUUUUGUGACCACAUCCAGUCUGCAUAUUCCUUCCGAACACUACAUCACUAUCGAGGACUCAGAUCACACAGAGAAUUCUUCUGAUGCGGUUGAUGUCACAGAAGAAUCCCAACCAUUCCAGAGCAGCAUACUAAUAAAUGCAGAAAGUCAAAGAAGUCCACCAGCAGAGUCUGUAUUUAUUGUGGGCAGUGAUGAUGAUGACGACAUGGUUUUAAUAAGCACACCAGCCAAAGCAGCAGGAUUGCUGGGGGAGCUAGUCUGGGGUAAGCUGGAGGGCUUUUCUCCCUGGCCAGGCAUCAUUAUGCACUGCAAGGAAGAGCACCUGCUUCCAGGGGAAAGGAUGGUGGAGUGGUAUGGACAGAAUAUGUCUUCUCAGGUCAAUUUACAGACUCUGAAACCAUUCACUGCCUUUGGCCAGUACUUCUGCGCCAAGUCCUUUGCCAUUCUGGCCACCUACCGAGAGGCCAUCUUCCUGUCGCUGCAGGCAGCAGCAUUUCGUUGUAAGAAACAGUUUUCUGCACUGUUUGAGGAUGGAGAUGAGCUGCUGAAGCAGAUGUUAGACUGGGCCUUUGGAGGCUUUCAACCCACAGGGCCAGGCGGACUCAAACCAACGACUUCCAUAAAUGGUGUUACUAAAACAAACGAAAGGCCACAGAUGAAGAAGCAGCUCUUCCCAAAAGCCACCUCUUCUCCUCAGUCCUUCAACUCCGCCAGCCCUGUGAGCAGCAAAAGCAACAUCAGCAGCAAGAUGAAACAUGUGACCAUUUCAUUGGACAAACUAUCACAUGACAUAAUAGAAAAGUCCUCUCUCAAUGGCAGAGGUGGAAAAACUGCAUGGAAAGAACGAUUUGAUUUAACAGGAAAAGGCACCAAAGGAGUCAGGAAGGAGAAGGGAUCCAGAGGAGGAUGGGCAGCAGAGCCAGGAAAAGAAGGGAACAGAGGAUGGGAAGGAGAGAAAGAUCAAUGGGGAGAAGGAUGGGAGAAGGUGAAAGGAGGGUGGGGAAGAGGGAAGGGAAAAGGAGGGUGGAAAGGUGGGAGGAAUCAAAAUAAGAAAUGGAGCCUGUUGGAUGGAUAUGAUGAUGACAUGUCACCAGACUUUGUGCCGCCCAAGAAGAGGACCUUGACCAAAACAUACAGCAAAGGCAACCAGGAGCCUAGUGUCUACACCCAGCCGGACCAAAAACUCAGAGAGGAGACCAUUCGUAGGAUCAUGGACAUGAAACUGGACAUGGAAGGCUUCUGUUUGUGUUGUGGAACUGAAAAUGUUGAGAUAUUCCACCCUCUGUUUAAAGGCAGUCUCUGCUUAAAGUGUAAAAAUAACUUUACAGAGACUCUGUAUCGUUAUGAUGAAGAUGGAUAUCAAUCCUACUGUACCAUCUGCUGCUAUGGAAUGGAGGUCAUACUGUGUGGCAACGAUAGCUGCUGCAGAUCCUACUGCGAGGACUGUCUGAAUAUCCUUGUUGGUCCAGGGACAUUUGAGUCAUUGAAGCUGCGGGACCCGUGGAUCUGUUACCUGUGUCAGUCUCAUCAACCCCAUGGAGCUUUGAUUCCCAGGCAGGACUGGAGCAUUCGUGUUCAGGAAUUAUUUGCCAACAACAGCGCGAUGGAGUUUGAACCACACCGUGUUUACCCAUCCAUCCCUGCCAAUCUUCGCAGACCAGUUCGAGUUCUCUCACUGUUUGAUGGCAUAGCAACAGGCUACCUGGUGCUGAAAGAACUUGGAUUUAAAGUAGAGAAAUAUGUUGCUUCAGAGGUUUGUGAGGAUUCACUUGCUGUGGCAGAAGUCAACCAUGAUGGGAAGAUCAUCCGUGUUGGUGAUGCUCGGUUCAUUACCGAGGAACAUAUCAAGCAGUGGGGCCCGUUUGAUUUGCUGAUUGGUGGCAGCCCCUGUAAUGACCUCUCCAUCGUCAACCCAAUCAGAAAAGGCCUUUAUGAGGGCACCGGCAGGCUGUUCUUUGAAUACUACCGCAUCCUUCAGUUGCUGAAGCCCAAUGAGGGUGACCCCAGGCCGUUCUUCUGGCUGUUUGAAAAUGUGGUCUUCAUGAACACACACGACAGAGUCAAUAUAUCCCGCUUCCUUGAGUGCAACCCAGUGCUGGUGGAUGCAGUUAAGGUUAGCCCAGCCCAUAGAGCUCGUUACUUCUGGGGGAACAUCCCAGGGAUGAGCAGGCCAAUUAUAGCCUCCCAGAAUGACAAGUUGAGUCUCCAGGACUGUUUAGAGAUCGGUAGAACGGCCAGGGUCACCAAGGUGAGGACGAUCACCACCAAUCCAAACUCUCUGAAACAGGGCAAAGACGUGUCUAUACUGCCAGUUCUUCACAACAACAGAGAGGACAUCCUCUGGAUCACGGAACUAGAAAAAAUCUUUGGUUUCCCCAAACAUUACACCGAUGUGAGGAACAUGAAUCGGCAGCAGAGGCAGAAAGUGCUGGGGAAGGCAUGGAGUGUGCCAGUCAUCCGCCACCUCUUUGCCCCCCUGAAGGACUAUUUUGCCUGUGAGGAGCUGCUUCCUUUGACCACCUCCAACUCCUCCACCUUCUCGUCCUCCCCUGCCUCUCCAGAACAGCAGCAACUAUCAUAGGGGAGACUGCUCAGUGACUUUCUGCAGUGCCAUUACCCAGUGACCAGGAAACAGGAAAAGUCAAAGUCUAUCAUUUUCAAAGGUCAAAAUUAAUGGUAUUGUAUGCUGAUGAUGUUAUAUCAAAUUCUGCUGUUUUUUUAGGGCUUUUUAGUCAGUAACCACCUAAACUUUUAGCUAGUUUUGUUAUUUGACAUGAAUAUUGAUCCUGUAUCUUGUGAUUGUGCAUGUCUACAUAAGACAUUUAAUAUUUUUAACAAUUUUUAAUUUAGUGCAUGAAGACUAAUGUUCAGAUGGUGAAUGUUGGAAUGAGACAGAUAUUUUUAAUUUGUCAUACACCAGUGCUACUUUUAACUUGUGGGGUUGCAAAACGUGAAUCAUGUUGAACUCAGAGCUGUCACACUGUCUUACUGUGAAAUUUGAAGUGUUUGUGGUUUCCAGGAGAAACAUAUUUCAAUACCUUAAUAUGUACUGUAAUUGUAAAAGAUGUUGUAGUUUGUACAGACAUUUCAUUUCCUCUGUUUCCUUUGAUGAAAUGAACUCAUCAGCAUCAUUACAGACAUUCAGAUAUUUCGGGGUUUGUGGGUUUUCAUCCACAAUUCAAUCACCGACCCUUGAUUAUCUAUUUCCAAAACUUCUUCUUUUCAACCUUUUUAAUGAAGGCAAGUGGAGCUGCAACUAAUGAUUAUUAUCACAAUCAGUUAAUGCACUGAUGUUGAUUAACUGGUUAGACUGUAUAAUGUCCAAAAAUAGUGAAAAAUGCCCAAUUUUCAAGAGUUCAGGUUAUCUCGUCAGAUGGCUUGACUUGUCUGACUGACAGUACAGAUGCCAGAGAAUUUCAGUUUACUAUUGUAUAUGACAAAGAAAGCGUUGAUGGAAAUUUAUUACAAUGAUUAUUGGAUUAUCGUAAUUAUUGCCAAUUUUCUUUCAGUUGACUAAUCAGUUAAUUGACUACUCCUGCAGCUCUACAGGGCAGAAGAAAGGAAUUGAGUAUGAUCUUGACUGUGUAUUUUAGUUGGACUGAGUUGUAAUAUGUUUUUAUUGCUGCAUUGGUGCUUUAUGGAGUCUGUGUGUGCACUGCCACUUUCACACAAACAAACCUGUGAUGAACACAAAGGGCCUUGGUGCUAAAUUAUAACAAAAUUGUGCUAGUGAAAUAUAAUGAUCAUCAGCAUCAUGUCUUAAUUCCAAAAAUCGGUUAAUGUUAAGCAAUACAUAAAAAUGGGACUCUGUUUUUGUCAAUAAAGCUUUUUCCCCUAAGACAUUUUGACAUGUCACAGUAGAAAAAACACAGGUGAAAAUGCUGAAGUGAAUGACUGAAUUCCAUUUAGGUCCUUCAGCUCUGGGGUCCUGGUCACACAGUCAUGUCUUACUGGGACACGAAUAGUAUGAAGCCAUCAGUAACGUUGAUAAUAUGACAAGUCAAAAUGUCUGAUGGGAAAAUCAAAUCUGCAGAUCUUUGCAUUUGGUCAAUAAAUACAGCACAUGCAUUACUUCUUAGCCCUGUUUAAUCAUAUUAUCUUCAGAACCUUUUUUGUGAUGAAUAAUCCUAGAACACUGAGGUACAAGGCCUAAUUCUCUGAUUCUUGUAUUGACUGAAUACUCAUGCAGAAGACUGUGAUCUAUUCAGACUAAUUAUUGUAACAUGAACAUGGGUUUUCAGCACCGUUUUAGUGAAGGGAUUUAGGUGGACUGUAUGGUAUUUUACAGAUAACACCAAGAGAAUAGAUUUAGAGCUAUGAAUGUAUCAAUGACAUGUUCAGCCUGUAUGUGUGGAGGAAGACAAAAGUGUCCAUCUCAUCUAGAAUGCCCAUGAUCAUCAUCUCUGUACUGUACCAGAUACUGUUUUUAUUGAUAGUUUUUUACAUUUAUAAAUAGUUGAACAUAGAGUGAGCUGUCUGUGCACUCCUUUAUAUCUCACAUGAUUACAUAUUUAGGUAAGUGAAUGGAAAUAAGUUUUUUUAAAUACAGUAUACUAAUUCAAAUAAAUUGUAAUUAUCUCAGAAAUAGCCUCAUUUUUUUCACUUGUCCCAUAGCUGACACUUGUUAUGGUUUUAACAACCUGGUAGCAGUUAAGAACAGUAGUUUUGGACUUGGCUAUAUUUAAAUUUAGCCUCUUUCAAUUGAGCAAAAAAUAAAGGUAUCACUUCUUCCUUGUAUCAGAAUUGUAUCCCUGGCAGUUUGGAGAAGGCUUUAAAACAGCAUUCGGACCUACCUGUGAGAAUAUAAGAUUGUGUUAAAAAGAAUAAAUAAAAUCUGAAAAGUCACAGUUUAUUUUGAAGUAUUUUUAUAACUUUUGGUGGGGAAAUGGGAGGCUUGGACUCAAAACUAUAGUAUUUCUCCUGCCUGUUGACAUACAAGCAAUCUCUCUUUAAGGGCAUCAUUAAAAAUACCAGCAAUCCUUAUUUGACUUUAACCAUAAAUAAUUAUUAACAGAGUACAUGUUCCAAAAAAGGAAAAAAAUUCAUGUCAGUAUGAGUAAUAAAUGAACUGACAUAUUGUCAAACCUUGUGAGAGCUGGAACAUCCAAAAGCACAUGUUCACUAAAAGAACCAACAUCUUUUAAAUCUUUGUAAAAACGUUUGACAGUCAAUAAGUUAGAUGUAGGUGAUUUCCAUAUUUUAUUACAGCUAAGACUAC